AUGGCCGAGCUGGAGCACUUGGGCGGGAAGCGGGCCGAAUCGGCGCGGGCGCGGCGGGCCGAGCAGCUGCGGCGCUGGCGGGGCUCGCCGACUGAGCAGGAGCCCGCCGACCGGCCGGGUGCGGGGCCGCAGGCUCGGCGCGGGGGCUCGCGGGUCCGCUUCGAGGACGGCGCCGUGUUCCUGGCCGCCUGCUCCAGCGGGGACACCGACGAAGUGAGGCGGCUCCUGGCCCGGGGCGCCGACGUGGACACGGCCAACGUGGACGGCCUGACCGCCCUGCACCAGGCCUGCAUUGACGAGAACCUGGACAUGGUGAAGUUCCUGGUGGAGAACGGAGCGAGCGUCAACCAGCAGGACAGCGAGGGCUGGACGCCCCUGCACGCGGCAGCUUCCUGUGGCUGCCUCAACAUAGCAGAGUAUUUCAUUAACCACGGAGCCAGCGUGGGCAUCGUCAACAGCGAAGGUGAAGUGCCCUCUGACCUUGCAGAAGAGCCUGCCAUGAAGGACCUUCUUCUGGAACAGGUGAAGAAGCAAGGGCUGGAUCUCGAGCAGGCGCGGAGGCAGGAGGAGCAGCAGAUGCUGCAGGACGCCCGCCAGUGGCUCAACAGUGGCAGGAUCGUGGACGUGAGGCAGGCGCGCUCGGGGGCCACUGCCUUGCAUGUGGCUGCGGCCAAGGGCUACUCCGAGGUCCUCAGGCUUUUGAUUCAGGCUGGCUAUGAGCUCAAUGUCCAGGAUCACGACGGCUGGACCCCGCUGCACGCGGCCGCGCACUGGGGCGUGAAGGAGGCCUGCUCCAUCCUGGCGGAGGCCCUCUGCGACAUGGACGUCAGGAACAAGCUGGGCCAGACACCGUUCGAUGUGGCCGACGAGGGCCUGGUGGAACACCUGGAGACGCUGCAGAAGAAGCAGAGCGUGCUUCGAAGUGAGAAAGAGACACGGAAUAAGCUCAUCGAAUCAGACUUGAACAGCAGGCUGCACAGUAGACUCUUUAAGAACAAAGAGAAGAUGCUCCGUGCGGAGGAGACACCCAAGUCCCACCGGACGGAGGAGGGGAGCAAACAGCCCAGCAGCUGCAGCUCCGAGGAGGACGAGGCGGAAGACGCGGCCUCGGAGUCGGAGGCCGGGAAGGAGGCGGGGGCCCCCGAGGCUGGCAGUCCGCGGAGCGCUGGGGGCCGCCGCGCGCCAGAAGGCAGGAGCAGCGUCACGGAGCAGACCCCCGCACCCCCGCAGAACGCCGUCCCCGCCUCUUCAGCCAGGAGACCCUCCAGUCUCUUCAGCAAGCCGGAAGAGACCAGGGACGAGUCUCCGUGUUCAUGGAGGCUGGGCCUCAGGAAGACCGGCAGCCAGAACGUGCUGAGCGAGGCCGCCGGGGCCAGGGAGGCCCUUCGGGACCGGGGCGCAUCCGUCCACCGCUCGGCCUCCAGUCCCCGCAUCUCUGCCCUGAUGGACAGCAGAGAAAAGGAGAGAGAACCCAGAAGCUCCUUGAGUUCACUGGGGCCGCGGAGGCCGGGCAGCACUAGCGACCUCGAGGAGAAGGAGAACAGAGAGUCGGCUGCUAACCUGGUGCGCAGCGGCUCCCAGCCCCGGCAGCCCUGGAGGGACGCAGCCAAGGGGAGCGAGACCCCGCAGACGGGCGCUCCCUCGACCUUCGUGUCGACCUUCCUGAAAAGGACCCCUUACAGGUCCCAGGCAGACUCCACGGCGGAGAGAACUGACAGCGUCGCCUGCAGCAGCCCGCUCUGUGUGAUCACAAACCGCCCCCCGCCCAGCACUGCCAAUGGGGUUCCAGCGGCCACUCUGCUCUGCGCCCCUGGCCCCGAGCCCUCUGUGGACACCAGGGAGAAGAGGAGGUCGUAUCUGACUCCCGUCCGGGACGAGGAAGCAGAGUCCCUACGGAAGGCGCGCUCCAGACAGGCUCGGCAGACUCGAAGGUCUACCCAAGGCGUAACCCUCACGGACCUUCAGGAAGCGGAAAGGACGUUCAGCCGGUCGAGAGUAGAGCGUCAGGCUCAGGAGCAGCCCAGCCUGAAGCCCGGGGUUCCCGCAGCGCUCGAGGGUGGUCCCCGGAAGCUCGAGCCCCUGGCGGCCCCUGCCCAGGACGCCAGGGAGAGCCAUCAGCCCUGGGUCCAGAGCCUGGAGGGAGAGCCAGUGUACCCUCCCUUGCGGUGUCCAGCUCAGCCCGACCAGCCCACAGCGCCAGCGCCCUCUCCCACCCCGAGACCCUCUCUCUACGCCAGCUCCCACCUGCUCCGGACGGGUGGGUCCUCCGCCCCCGACUCGCAGAGCUCAGAGCCCCCCACAGGCACUGACGGGCCGCGGCACAUGGACACAAACGAGGGCGAAGCAGCAGAGCCAGGCGACCAGCCCUCCGGCCGGCUGUCCAUCCGCGAGAGGCGGCGGCCCCGGGAGCGGCGGCGGGGCACGGGCAUCAACUUCUGGACGAAGGACGAAGAUGAAACGGAAGUCCCGGAAGAGGUGAAGAAAGCGUGGCACGAACGACUCUCUAGGCUGGAAUCUGGAGGCAGCGACACAUCUACCGAGCGGGCCUCAGCCAGAGCCCGCCGCGAGGCCCGCGAGGCCCGCCUGGCCACCCUGAGCAGCCGUGCGGAGGACGGCAGCAGCAGGGACUACAGGAAGCUCUACGAGAGCGCCCUGACUGAAAACCAGAAGCUGAAGACAAAACUUCAGGAGGCCCAGCUCGAGCUGGCAGACGUGAAGUCCAAGCUUGAGAAGAUGGCACAGAAGCAAGACAAGAUCCCUGACCGGUCGUCGGCACUGGAGACGGAAAAGCGGGAGAGGCGGGCCCUGGAACGGAAGAUGUCAGAGAUGGAAGAGGAGAUGAAGGUCCUGACGGAGCUGAAGUCGGACAACCAGCGGCUGAAGGAUGAAAACGGAGCCCUCAUCAGGGUCAUCAGCAAGCUGUCCAAGUAG